AUGCUGAAUAGCAGAGAUAGUUACAGAACUGGUGACUACUCCAGCUAUGUUUCUAGUUCUCAAAGAGAUACUAGAGGUCGAGGAUUCCGAGAACGAGAAAGAGAUCCAAGAGACAGAGACACCAGAGACCUGAGGGACAGAAAUGGCGAUAAAGGAAGAGGCCGUUUUGAUCGAGAAUAUGGUCAGGAUCGAGAUAAGAGGAAUAACUACAGAUCUUAUGAUAACAGGAAUGACGACAGAUACCGUCCAAGAAACGACAGGUAUGGGUACAGAAAUCAGGGCAGUCGAUACAGAGACACAAAAAAGAACAUAGACCCAGAUGCGGGCCUCACCAAGGAGCAGAAGAUAGAAAAGUACGAGAGAAAGCUAGCAUCCUUGAUGGCAUAUCCAGUGAUAGAAAAACUACCUGUUCUAGGGUCACAAUGGGGCGUCAAGCCAAAAGGAUUGGAGAACGUUACUGCUCAACGUGCGAAGCUCUCUGGGUUAUUUCCACUCCCUGGGGCACCUCGGGCGGCAGAGGAUGCCAAGAUUGGAGACCUUCUCAAGGACUCUUCGGAGUCUGGAGUGUUGAUGGCUAAAUCGAAGAUUGACCCACUUGACUCCCGCAACUCAUGUAUCAUAAUAGCGAAGGGAUUGGACUUUAGCAAAGUCGCCUAUCUCAAGGUUGCUGAUCUCUUUGACCAGUUUUUGCGGUCUGUCGAUCUAAAAGGCGUUACGCUCAACACAAACUAUGAAAAGCUAAAAAAGACUAAGGACGACACUGCGUUGAUCAUCGAGUUCAAAACCAGUGUGGCGGCCACAUUGGCCCUAGCACUCGACGAGAAAGAAAUUCCGGCAUCGUCUGUCGCUCACGAUGGACUACAAACUUCGGGUUCCCUUAAGCUCUCGCUCACUCGUCCUGGUGAAUAUGUUGUUCAAUGUCUUCCCCCAUACGAGUCAGGCGACGACGAUUUGAAAGAUGAAGUCAUCGACAGCCCAAGAAAGUUAACCAUUCAGGUCGAUAAAACUACGACAGAAUCACAGCUACAAGACGCAUUGACAGAGAUCGCUCCUCUCCGAGCAUUCAAAUUGUUACGUGAGGUGGGAACCAAAGAGUCCGUGGGGCUAGCAUUCGUCGAGUUCUUCAUCGAUCCCAAAAUUCAUCCGAAGACCAGCGAUGCCGUUAAGUUGGUAUCUCAGUACGCUGGUGCUGCACGUCAGCUUCCGAUGAUCAAAAAUGUAACCUUUUCAUGCAUUAAGGUGUCAGAACUGGGUGACAUCAAAACGAGCAUUCAAGAUUGCCCUAUUGAGCUCAAAACUUUACGAUCCAUGGUGCGCAAUGAGUAUGUCAAGUACCACGCCAAACUGACGGUUAUACAGAUUAUUAAUGCUGUCACUCCGAACGACCUUCUAGAUGAUGUCAACUUCAGAUUCAUUCACCAUGAUAUCAAAGAAGAGGCAGAAGUUUUUGGUAAGGUUGUCUCCCUUCGCAUUCCCAGACCGCCUCACGAUUACACCCCUGGGAUGCAGCUGCAUGUCAGCCAACCUGGGCUCGGCAAGGUAUAUGUUGAGUUUGAAGAUGACAAGGCUGCCUUGAAUGCAAUCAUGGAACGGUGA